AUGUGUUAACAGGAAAGAUUUUGCAUAUGUUUGCUAUUGUUGUUUCUUAUUCAGUAUUACUUCAUUGGAUGAAGACAGUUGUUUCAGAAGAUCGAAUAAGAAUCAAUCGAGCAGGAUGUGUUAACAGGAAAGAUUUUGCAUAUGUUUGAAAUUGUUGUUUCUUAUUCAGUAUUACUUCAUUGGAUGAAGACAGUUGUUUCAGAAGAUCGAAUAAGAAUCAAUCGAGCAGGAUGUGUUAACAGGAAAGAUUUUGCAUAUGUUUGAAAUUGUUGUUUCUUAUUCAGUAUUACUUCAUUGGAUGUUUCAGAAGAUCGAAUAAGAAUCAAUCAAACAAAUACUGCUUUAAUAAAUUAAUGAAUUGGAAAGUGAAAAGUGUUACCGCCAUCUUACGCCAAAUUAUGUGUAUAUGUAUCGUGUAAAACUAUUUUAUGCUAUUUUUUUAUUGUAGCCUUUGAUUUUAUUCUUUUGUAUAUAAAUAUUUUUGCUGUACUGGCAACGACUUGAGCAUAUACCUGACUACGUCAUGAUAAUGUGACGUUUGAUCUGUUUCAUCUGUCAGCGUUUUGACAUCAAGAUCAUUGUAUUUGAAUUAUUUUAUUAUAUUUACAUUUUAAUCAUUUGAUUUGCUGUUUUUCUUAAACUAUCGCUUUACGCAUUGUUUUCUACAAAACAUGAGUUUUGCGAAAAAAGUAGUUCUAAUCACAGGCGGAAGUGCUGGUAUAGGUUUUACCACGACAGAGUUUUUCGCUAAAGAAAGUGCUGCUGUAGUCAUCGUUGGUAAAAACGAAAAAAAGUUACAUGGAAUCGCCAAUCGUUGUGUACAAUUGGGUGCGCCAGUAUAUGUCAUCAAAGCAGACUUGACUGAAAACGAUCAAGCAGAAAUAGUCGUUAAGAAAACUAUCAGAAAAUAUGGACAAUUGGAUGUACUAGUCAACAAUUCUGGAAUAAAGAAAGAGGUCCCCUUUCUGUCAGAAAACUUUCUGCCAACUUACGAUGAAGUAAUGAACGUAAACCUCAGAAGUGUUGUACGCAUCACUCACUUUGCCGUUCCUCAUCUAAUCAAGACUAAAGGCAAUAUAAUCAAUAUAUCGAGUCAGACUGGGAUUAAUACUGCAGGACCUGAAAACGUAGCUUACAGAACUUCAAAAGCUGGAAUUAAACAUUUUACUAAAAGCCUGUCAUUAGAACUUGCUCCUUUUGGAAUCAGGAUCAAUACGAUCUGUCCAGGGCCUGUGCUGACCAACACAUUUGAUGGCAUUGAGGCAAAUCCAGAUAAAUCGAAAACUGCUCUGUGUAAAAUAUGUGACCCUGAAGAGAUUGCUAACCUGAUACUGUACGUAGCUAGUGAAAGGGCAAAAGGGGUCACGGGCUCGAAUUUCUUAGUGGAUAAUGGUGGUUUAUUGUUGGACAAAUUAAUAUAGGUUCAAGAUAUAUGUGCAUGAAGCUGCAGUAAGCAAUUAGGUGAUAGAUGUAGUGCAGAACUCAUUUAAAGAGUAAAGACCAGCUUUAUUUCUUGAAAUAAAUAGUUAUUUUAAAACUGUUCGUUUUCUCUUAUCUUAGUUUAUAAAUAUCGUGACUUCAUUGGGUAACG